AUGGCGGCAAAGCCUCAAACGCCCACGAUAAAAAUCGAUUUCUGGGAGCCAGACGCCGCAAGCACUAACAGCGGAGCAGUCAAAAAGAUCUCGGUGGAAAAACCUUCUGUGAACAAACUGAAACUCAAGUACAAAACCGAGCGACUUAGAAGCUACAGCAAUAGUCUCAGGGAUGCUGUUAUGACUAACAAUCCCGACGCGAUUCCUAGAAUUGUCAAAGAGGAAGGCGUCAAAGUCAAUGAAAUGAGCAAGAACGGCGUUCCAUUGAUUCACGAGGCAGCAUUUGAUGGAAAACUGGAAUGUGUGAAAGCGUUGCUGGAUUGUGGAGCGCAAGUAAACACGCAGGAUAGCGAGGACUGGACUGCACUGCAUGCAGCCGUCUUGGGCGGCCAUGUGGAACUUGUGCGUUUGUUGAUCCACAAAGGCGCCGAUGUGUACGCUGAAACAAUCGAGAGGUACAUUCCCUUUCACAUCGCGAUAGAGAAAGGUGACGAAGACAUGAUCGCCAUAUUGGUGGAGGAGAUGGCUAAACUGUCGUCGUUUAAGGGAAGCUAAGUAACUAAGAGCAGUAAAGGAAAUCAUUAUAUUUGCGAGAUUGCAUCAAGCAAUGAAAAAGCUCUCUUUUUAAAUUCAUAUAAUAUCUAAUGACUUAAUUUUUGUUGAGCUGUGUUGUAGAGUUUAAAUACGCGUUAGAAUUUAACUUCGACUAAUCUUAUCUAACUCGCUUCCGCUAUUCUCACUUUCCAAGCAUUUCUAAGCUUUAAAUGGAGGUGUAAGGCACACGAUACUACUGAAGGCUGAAUGGGGUAUCAUGUUGCGCCUCAAGUAUGUACAGCGUUAUGUUUCAGUUGUAAACGCGAGCCACGAAAAUCAGUAAUUUUCAGAAUUGGUUACGCACCUCAUUCAGGCCUACAUGAUGAAAAAAGCGCUGACGAAGGGCUAACGCUCGAAACGUCUGCUUCGAAACUCUUUACGAUGGCCAAUUUACGUUAUCAAGUCAGUUGGUAAUACUAAAUUACCCUGUUAUACUCUCCCACCGAGGCAGCACCACAGUUUCUUUAGAAAUUUACCCCAUUUAUUUGAGUGUCAUUUAAAGGUCUUUUCAACGGAAAUAACAGAAUCUUCAAAGCCUGAUUUCCACUGAUUUCGUUAUCUGGAGCGGCCCAACAGUCUCGAAAAAAUUCAAAGAGGUCGACGUCGAGUUUGUGGGUGAGUAGGACUGCUAUGAGAGAUAACCAAGCAAGACGCGGUUGCAGAAGUGAAAUACAUGGCUCAUUGUGUAGUUAUGUUGUUCCAAUUUUUAAAAAGCUUAAUCCUUCCCUUACCCGGACAACUGAAGCAACCACUAUCGUCUAUAUAAAGUUAAUUUUCACCAGAAGCCCAUUACUAUAAAUGGGCUCCUGCUUUUACUUAAGCCUGUUUUCCAUAUGAUCGUCCAUAUAGUCCUAAUCUCAUCUGCGAGCAGGCUCCCGAAGGUGCUGCUGAUCGAGCAUAUCGCGGACUUGCCUCAAAUUCUACGAUAGUCGAAACAUAGUCGAAACAGCCGAACACAGCCGACAAAUGUCGGCGCAUUUGCAAACGUUAUAGAGGCUUGGUGGCGUGCUUUUAGGGCGGUGUCAAAACCGCGUUGUCUAGUAAACAAUCACACAAGCGAGCAAGUCACGGUGUUUGAAAACCGCAUAACUUUUUUGAUAAAGCUAACAACAAAACGGUAAAUCGGCAGGUAACUCCUAAUCAAAUAAGCAUUGUUUACGAAAAGUCUGGAGAUUCCAUUUUCUUACCUUUUUUUUCCUUUUUCAGUUAACAUGAGCGUAUCAAGGGGUUUUUCUCAUACUUGGCGUGACAGCGGUUGUUUCAAUUGUUUCCCCUUAGAAAUUUUGCGCGGAAAACUGGUGCACUGUUGACCAAAAUUGAUUCCACUGCGCAUGGCCUACAUUUGACAACUGUGUUCGAGAGCUGAUUUGGUGCUGGGGAAGCCCGCGAGAUGCUCGUGAGUCUCGUGAAGCAGCACGAAUGAGAGCGACCCCGUUUGCUAGUCUAAAUCUUCUCGAAUAUUUGUAAGUAUGUAUGAAAAAUUGAGUAAACGGGAACGACACGAGCGAUCAAUUGUAAGCCUGCCCUAAGUCAAGAAGCUUAAACUGAAAAACUACUGAUGCCGUCAUUGGCUUUAUUCGAAAUAUUCUUGUUGAAGUCUCCAUUGCUGAUUGAAAGAAAAUAUAUUUUCUUUCAACGUAAAUUCUUAGUCUUCUUGAUCCGUAGUAGUUAACAGAUGGCCUCUUUUUCUUUUAUUUUGAACCUGAGAAACAGGAAUUUUUGUCCAGGAAAUCGAACAAUUUGAUCAUUUCUUUUCUUGCUUGUCAUUUCCAUUUUUCCCCUUUAGCUUCAAAGUUUCGCUAUCUUGUGCCCAGAAGGUUCGAUUGAAAUCCACAGUGAUGUCGAUCGAAGCCGAGUCGGACAAACGCAUCAACAUGAUCGAAUCGGGCGCGCCGCCAUUUUGUUUGCGCCCGCAUUCUUAGAAAGACCCAGCCGAAAAGUCAAAUACGUCAGUUGUCCUACUUUUGGCGCAUGGUGUUGUGGUGUUAGGAAAGUGGAAAACGGCGAGAGGCCGGGAUAGUAAAAAGGCGCUCUCUAUUUAAAAUUAGCACCAUCUGAUGAUUUCCCUGACUAAAUUUACGGGGAAGUCUGAGUAUCCAAAAUUACCGUUCCUGUGAAAUGUCGUUUCAUGAGGACACCGGGUAGGCACAUGAUGGUAGGUGAACUCUCUUAGUGCUGGGAUUCUGAAUGCGAUAAACCUACCGCUUACUUUAUUCUUUCAUUUGAUCGUUCAGUCUGGGUGAGGGUAGUCCUGAAAAGGACUGUUGUUAGUCGUGGUGACUUCCUUAUCGGAAGUCAUCAUCAGAUUCAAGUGACUUUGAUGGUGACUCUAGUGACUGUCUCGACUCCAAAGACGACUUCCGGUAAGGUUCUCCACUACCGACAACAGUCCAUCUCAGAACUACCUCACCCAGACGAUUAGACUACUCGAUCGAAUUAUUUCCCCAGAUUCAAACCAUUGUAUAUUCUUUCAAAAAUCCCUUUGUCAAAACCAUCUAUAAGAAACUAGCAAAAUAGACAACGCAUUAUCUUCUCGAGACAAUCAACACUUUAAUCCUAAGGACCCCUGAGCGCCUCGCGCACAGCGAGGAUGAUUUUGAAGGAAAAAAAAUCGACUGUGAAGACAGACCGAUUGAAUGAAAAUGAAGGUAUGAGUGGACACUGCAAUUACAAACUUUUCGCUCACUGCUUUAAGGCAGGUGUUAAUCAGGACAGAGCAGAAUCAACUUAAGCCAACAAUUUAUUAAUUCAUGCAAGCGAAGAAACUUCGAGGCCUCUGGGAACAUCGAACCCCUAAGUUUAUGACGCAAAUAGUUUCUAUUCAUUACUCCCCUCAUGGUAUUCAACGCCUGGCUGGAUAUAGUCACAGCUGUGUAGCGACAAGAUCUCCUUCAUCAACAAAACAAACUGAGCCAAAACAAACUCUCAUCAGCGAAAUUAUGCCCAAAAUAGGUUAAUAAUUAACAUGCUCUGUUGAACUUAACCUUGAGCGCUAGCGGAACACUGGGACGCAUUGAGAUCCUAACAAAAGGCAUCUAUUUAAAAAGUUUUGUUAGAUUGGCUUACGAAUCAUAAAAUAUUUGUUGAGGAAAUUUCUAAUCGAGCUCUCAACAGAAAUUUACAAUAGUUUGUACUUAAAUAUCGAAGCCCAAUAUUUGAUACCCCCCAUCGAGAUGACGAUGUUUUACGUCAACAAAUGAUUUAUAUUUAACAGGUAUUAUUAUCCGGAUUUAAUUUAUGGAUACUAAGGUGAGAGCGGAAGCGAGUUUGCAUGUUUCGGUGUCGCGCGUGACAAAAACCGCUGGUGUAGCAGCUUAUAUUUCAGUGGAUUAAAACUGAUUAUCCAUUCAGAAGCCAUCAACUGUAUGUGUCAAAGUUGUCAAGUUAUCGUUCUUUUGAUCCAAUAGUUUCCUUAUUAAUCGCGAGGGCAAUCAGAGUUUUUGGAAGAGGCGAGAGCGUAAAUCAGCGAAGAUGUCGCUGCCGGAGCUAACGGUCGGCCAGGUGAACUACAACAGCAUUGAACUCAAAUGGGGAGGUUCGGAAAAUGAUACCGACAACAAGAAGCGAAAAUUGUUUCAUGUACAGCUGAACAAGGCUCGUGCGCGAAGCGCUUGUCCUGGCGGACCGACGCUCGAUCCUCUGACCAACUACCAGGGUUACAGUCAACAGUUUGUUUUCAAAGGCUUGGAGUCUAUGACUCAGUACCAAUGCCGUUUGCGGAUCAUGGAGAGCGACAGUGAUCGGCAUGGAGGCGGAUGGAGCGAACCGAUAACUGUCUGUACACCGAACGAACCUCCAUCCGGAGCCGAGCUGCACAAGGCGGUUUCCAGGCAGGACUUGGAAACUGUUCGUAAAAUUCUUAAAGAAAAUAGCGCGGUAGUUGAGGUGAUGGACAAGUUUGGAUUGACUCCACUUAUGGUAGCUGCUCAAAAGGGAUAUACAGGUGAGUCAGAUUCAACCAUCAUCCGACAUAAAAACUGGAAUUUAGGUUACUCAGUGGGAAUUUUUAUUAAUCUCGUUUUAUGCAAAUUUUUUUUUGUAUCUUACGUACAUCGAACUACAUAUGUAAAGUUGAAGUAAAUCCAUCUCGCGCUUGAAUUUUGUUUGCGUUUUAACGCCGGCUCUCGUAUCGAAUCCAUUUACACGGGAUUACAUGUUAUAUUUGUUACGAAGUUUCCGCUUUGUGUUUUACGUCGAUGCUUUCAAAGGUAUUUGCAACCCGACAAUGAAAGCUGUACUCUGUAGUACGCCGUGCUUAAACAAAACAAUAAAGGUCGUAGAUUGCUCUAUUGAUAAAUUGGAUCCUUAAAUCUCCGAAGAGUCUAGUUAAUUAGUUAUUUCCAUUUUUUUCUUGUGCAACACGAAAACGUUUCCUGGAGUGAAAAUCCUUUGAUAAGGAAAUGAAACCUAAGAUACAACAGGAUGCUGGGCUUAUAUUCAAAAGUUUUUCUUGAAAUGAAGUUUUGUUUAAAAUAAUUGAUUAGUUUGCCAAGACUAUUUUCUUGAAAUCCAAACACUUCAAAGCGAAUAUCUGAUUGUCUUAGAAGGGUUUGUAUCUGUCAGCUUUAUCUGUUGUUUCCGGCGUUCAAACAUACAAAAAAUUCGGUAAUUUUAUAUAAAUAAGUUUCCAUUCCAAAGAUUAUUUUUUUGGGGCGACAAAGCUAAAUUAAACGCAAAGGAAACUCGUCUACACAACAAAGCUUCCAGCUGCCUUCCUCAUUUCAUGCAAUAUAAUUUAUUUUAUUUUAUCGCGCGAAUUCUUGAUAUGAGAUGGUAAGUGUUGAUUAUCGAUUCAACAGCUACUGCAGAAAAUGAUUUGUCGUUACUGAAGCCAAGGGACAAUUUUAAUUCACAUUUUUGCUGUCAAAGGACUUUUAAAUAAUUGAAAAGCAAAAGAAGCAUUGCCGCAGGGCCUAUUACUGACAUUAAUGCAUCAGCUAAGUUGAAAUGAUGAAUAUUUGAAAUAGUACAGCGGGUUUUCUAUUCAGCAUCUCCGAUAAUUAUGAAUGAUAAUUCUAUGUAAUUUUCAUUUGUAAAGCGAUGACUACGAGCGAGCGAAGCAUAUCUCGUUAUAACAAAAAGGUGACCGAUUUGUUGAUCUUAAGAGUUAGUUACCAUGGCUUAAGUUUAAUACUAUCUGAUAUGCUAUUGUGAAAUUUUGCUCUGCAAAUCAAAUCGUGUCAAUUUUAUUUACUCUAAACUAUACCUAUUCAUAAUUACAGCAACGCACAAGAAACAAAAAAAGAUCUUUUUUAUGAUAUUAUGAGCCUUUCGUUUCUUGUUAGCUUUUGCUUUUAAAUUAGGUUUACGUAGCCAUGUAAAACAAAACUAUCCCUGUUACUCUGUAUUUGACGGGUUGCUUUCCGCGUUCGGCCCGUUUUGAAUUACAAAAAAAAAGCGAACUCGAAAAUGAUGCGAUUAAGCCAUACGGCGCAUACAAGCUGAUUAGCAUGCCGAUGCAUAAUUAAAUCGACUAAACACCGUCAACACUUGUGAUCAGAGACUAUUUGGGUAAGGAAUUCUAACUGUUAUACUAACGAUUUCUGGUAUGAAGCGAUCGGUAAAGCCAAAUAAACUUUUCGGGAGGCAAUAGAAUUUAAAUUCCUUUGUCGAAAAGCUAAAAACAAACAAACAAAUUUGCAUUUGCUCUACAUAAAAUCCUUUGAUUCGUUUUUAAAACGGUGUUUGAUGAUAAAUGCAGAUAUAAGGAUGUGUUCUGAAGCAGAUAAUUGGCCUACAUAACCUUGCAGUUAUACAUUUCCUGGUAGCCAAGAAUGCACACCGAGAUAUAUUUGAAUGAAGGAAAUUGAGAGCAAUGAUAGGGAAACGUGAUUGCCCCUUCUCUCGAAUAGUAUCCCUAUUUAGCCUGAGCGCUGGGGCUCUCACUUGGGUUUAAAAGCCUUAAAGACAUGGUGAAAAAUAUAGAAAACAGCUAAGGAGCGGAUUGAGGCAAGCCUAGACUCAGGCAGGGGCGUGGGGGGAGGGGUUUGGUCGAGACAUAGGGAAUCCGCAUUUGUUUUGUCAAUUUGGAUCAACGACGGCUCUCCUUUCGUCGAAAUCAUGAUUUAUUCUUAUCUUCACCCCAAACGGGAGCCACUCUAUAAGUAAUUUCUUGUUAAUCAAACUUUAACUAUAUCCUUCGCAACUUUCCUGGCGGUGUCACGUAACACUUUCUCAAAGCUUUGCGUGACAUCUCGGAGAGUAGCUUCGGGGGAGACUAACUAACGUUAUCUAUAAUGUGGAUGCGGCCUGACACGUUUCAGUUUUACAAAGAACUUAUCCGUAAAUCAAAUUUUAUCCUUCUCAGAUGUGAUGGAAAUACUCCUCGAAUUUAAUGCCGAUCCUGAAUACCCAAACACCAGCGGCAAGACCUGUCUGAUGAUCGCCUGCUACGCCGGCCAAGAGGAAGCUGCUAGAUUGCUACGUCAGCACGGUGCCUUGUGGGAAACACGUGACAAGAAUGGAUUAACUGCUGUACACUGGGCAGCAGACGGAGGCCAUGAUGAUCUUCUUUUAUGGCUUGUGCGUGAUGGAGGCCCGGUUGACAUACAAGACAAUGUCAAUGGCUGGACACCCUUGAUGCGAGUUGCGUGCCUCACCGGAAAUGAUGAAGUCGCAGAAGUUCUCAUUGCGAAGGGUGCCGACAUCAACAAGAUUGACAAAUCUGGAAAGACAGUUUUGAUGGCGGCCUCUAUGAACGGGCAUUUUAACCUGGUGCGUUUGCUUGUCGAUAAGGGCGCAGAUGUGUUUGAAAAGAACAGAGAAGGGAAAACAGCUUUGGAAUUCGCCAGAUCGAUGGACAGGCACAGGAUUAUUAAAUAUCUUGAAUUCCAGGUGGCAAAGGAAGAAAAACAACGAAAAGCGAAACUCCUGGAAGAGAGACUCAAAGAGAGUCAACAGAAAUUGGGCCAAAUGCAAAUAAACUCUUGAACAUAAAGUUUUGGAAACCUCCAUUCAGGGCUACUCUUAGGAUUAUGAGAAGAGACCCUUGAAUAGAAAGGUUUCCUUAGUAAAAGGAGGCGGAAACAGUGAAACCUCCAUUUAGGGGACAUUCUUAGGACUAAUAAAAGUGUCCCUUGAAUUGAGGAAUCCACUCAAUGAAGAUAGCAGGUUAUAACAAGGUUUUUGCUUCCCUUGAAUGGAACUCUCCUACGUUUAGGUGUUCCAAAGAAAGCUUUUACUUUCGUCUUAAAUUAUAAAAAUUUUUGGAGCUACUGGAAGAUAAAUGAAUGUCUCAGAACAUCUUUUUAUGUUACAAACCGCUAAUAUUUGUCUAGAAACGAUAUGUUCGUCGUCGUUAGCCCUUACAUUCCCAUGAGUGACUAAGAGAGAAUUUUUUCUUUAAAUAUCAAUACAGUGUCAAGCAGCCAAGUGAUGCGUGGAAGGAAAAAUAUGAAUUUGGUAUUUUUCUUUGAUCCAAUUCCAAGUUCUCCGAACAAACAUCGUAAGGAUUGUACGGCAGACAGCAAGGAGAAAUUACAUGAGCUCUUGGGAGUGAAAGGAUUAAGGUCGAUUUUUAUGGCUUUGCAAAUUUGUUUUCACCAGCUCGAUUUGAGCACUAAUAAGACAGCAGGCUCAGCCUGAUAAGGCAGUAUAUGCCUCAUGCUCGUAAUUGAACAGUGUAGUAGGACAGUUAAAGGGACAGUUAACACGUCAUGCCAGUGGAAGUGGACAGAACACGUCGCGUGAGCGCGCUGUUGUCUUGCAUUUCGUUGAGUUAACCGUUGAUUUUUUAUGAAAACGUACAACCGAUGUCUAGUUUCUUCCUCAAAUUUUUUCAUAGUUUUGUUUAAUUGGUAACAGGAAUUCGUGUCGUCCAAUUCUGUCUGUAAUCAUACUCAUGAUUAACAAAUCGGAUUCCCGCUUUGGCGGUCGUCCGAUUUUGUCAAUCACUCGUAUGAUUACAGACCGAAUUGGACUUCACUUAGUCCUAUUACCAUUAUUAAGCGGUGGAAAUUUAAAAAUCACUUCAUAACUGAAAGCAAUCUUAUAGCCGGUGUCUGAUAUUCUUCAUUUUUGCGAGGUUGUGCAUCAGCAAGUUGCUCAAAGGGGUUCGAGUUUACUUCGUUUAAUUAAUUCAUUGGGUAUGAUUACAUUAUGUGCCGUUCUCUGUGUCCAAUUAGAGGUAAAAUAAUUAAAGCUUAAUUAAUGUCGUCAAUAAUUUAUUGUUAAUUUAUUCUCAUUCCCUGAAAAGGAAUGAAAAAUAAGAAAGGUGCCCAUGAAAUGAAAAAUAAUUGCUGCUUAUUUUAAAGGCUUUUCAAAAUAUUUUUAAAAACAUGUUCUUUCGUGGCGAGAUAUUAAAUGCAGUUUUGAUACCCCGGGCUUAAAAACAAGAAC